AUGAAGCUCGUUAACCUUGUUGCUACUACUCUAUCCCUCUGUGCCGCUUCUCAGCCGCUUGCAAGCACCAAAUCGAGGUCGAGCGAUGUCUGGGUCGGCUUGAACUUGAGUCAAUGUCUCACCAAUGCCAGCACCAUCCCCCUGCCGAAUCUGGCGGCUCAGCAAGAUACAGCUUGGGCGGUCAUAGAAGCCUACAAUGCCUGGGACAUCGACGACAUCAUGGCCUAUCGGUCGCCCGAUUGCAAGCACCGUGUGCUACCGGCCUCUAUGAACCGGGCUGCCAAGAGCAACGCUGAAUAUCGCGCGUACCUCAGCGCCAUCAUGCCGCUGUACUCCGGCUUUACC